GGACUAUGACCAUCAAUCUGUUUCGUGUGAAAAUGAAACUCCAUUUAGUGUUGAGAGGACUUUAAACAUUUCAGGAGAAAAACACAGUGAGAUAUGACUUCCAAAAUGAGUGUGUCUAGAGAAGAGGACACACAGAAAGAAAAGAGUCUGAUUCCAGGUAAGAGAUCAGAUUCACCUGUACCUAGCUGUGUAUCCAUGAAGAGUGACCAGUCAAUGGGACAUCCAGUGCAAUUCAGUGACAGAGACAGUACUACUGAUCUGAGGCUAGUAGAGUGUAAGAAGUCAGACUCCCCUGAACCCAGCUGUGUGUCCAUGAAGAGCGACUGGUCAAUGGAGCAUCCAAUAACCUUCAGAGACUUCAGAGAUUUUUCUGCUGAUGUGAGACUCCAAGAGAAUAAGUUGGAUACCACCUACCGAAGUAAUUUGGAGUCCAUAUUCAAGAAUCUGGAGCACAAAGUCAUCACUCUGAUAAAGAAUGAGCUGAAGAGAUUUAAGAAGCUCCUGAGUCCAGAUUACCCAGCAUGCUCUGAGAGGGAGGUGGAGGAUGAGGAGGAUCAGAGCAGUGUCAGAGAGGGAGCGCUGAAGAUCACACUGCACGUCCUGAAGAACAUGAACCACACAGAUCUCGCUAACACACUGCAGAACAGAUUUGUCUCUGUGUACCAGCAAAAACUCAAAUCCAAACUGAGAGAGAAAUGUAAAAGAAUUAAUGAAGGAAUCUCACAGCAUGGAAGCUCAGCACUUCUGAAUGAGAUCUACACAGAUCUCUACAUCACAGAGGGUUGGAGUGGAGACGUCAAUAAUGAACAUGAGGUGAGACAGAUUGAGACAGCGUCCAGGAGACCAGCAACACAGGAGACACCCAUCAAAUGUAAUGAGCUCUUUAAAGACAAGUCCAUCAGAAGUGUGCUGACUAAAGGAGUUGCUGGAAUUGGAAAAACAGUCUCUGUGCAGAAGUUCAUUCUGGACUGGGCCAAAGGAAAAGCAAAUCAGGAUGUCACCUUCAUGUUUCCACUUCCCUUUAGGGAGCUGAAUUUGAUGAAGCAGAAAAAUCUCAGUCUGAUGAUUCUUCUUCAUCACUUUUUCCCAGAAAUAAAAGAAUUACAAUUAAUAGACUGUAAUGUUCACAAAGUGAUAUUCAUCUUUGAUGGUCUGGAUGAGUGUCGACUUCCUCUAAAUUUCCAGAACAAUGAGAGAUUGUGUGAUGUGACAGAGUCAGCCUCAGUGGAUGUGCUGCUGACAAACCUCAUCAAGGGGAAUCUGCUUCCCUCUGCUCUCCUCUGGAUAACCUCUCGACCAGGAGCAGCCAAUCAGAUCCUUCCUGAGUGUGUAGACCAGUUAACAGAGGUACGAGGGUUCAAUGAUCCUCAGAAAGAGGAGUACUUCAGGAAGAGGAUCAGUGAUCAGAGCCUGGCCAAUAAAAUCAUCACACACAUGAAGUCUUCAAGAAGCCUCUACAUCAUGUGCCACAUCCCAGUCUUCUGCUGGAUCUCAGCCACUGUUCUAGAGAGAAUGUUGGGUGAAGCAGAGAGUGGAAAGAUCCCCAAGACUCUGACUCAAAUGUUUACACACUUCCUGAUCUUUCAGAUCAAACACAAGGACCAAAAAUACCAUCAGAAAUGUGACUCUGAUCCUCAGCAGACCAGAGAGAGUAUCCUGGCACUGGGAAAACUGGCUUUCCAACAGCUGGAGAAAGGAAACCUGAUCUUCUAUGAGGAAGACCUGAGAGAGUGUGGCAUUGAUGUCAGAGAAGUGUCAGUGUACUCAGGAGUGUGUACCCAAAUCUUCAGAGAGGAGUUUGGGCUUCACCUUGGGAAGGUGUUUAGCUUUGUACAUCUGAGUGUUCAGGAGUUUCUGGCCGCUUUAUAUGAAUUUCUCUCUUUCAUCAGCAGAAAUCUUGGAAAACAACAAACCUGGUUUGGUCUUUUCAGGAAGUUAAACAUGUCUGAUUUCCUAAGGAGUGCAGUGGACAAGGCCUUACAGAGUGAGAAUGGACACCUGGACCUGUUCCUCCGUUUCCUUCUGGGUCUCUCACUGGAGUCCAAUCAGACUUUCUUACAAGACCUAAUGCCCCAGACAGGAAGCAUCUCUCACAGCAAACAGGAAAUAGUUGAAUACAUCAAGAAGAAAAUCAGAGAGAAUCCAGCUCCAGAGAAAUCCAUCAAUCUGUUCCACUGUCUGAAUGAACUGAAUGAUCAUUCUCUAGUGCAGGAAGUCCAACAUUACCUGAAUAGAGGAGAUGAUGGUCAUCUCAGAGGAGUCAGACUCUCUCCUGCUCAGUGGUCAGCUCUGGUGUUUGUGUUGCUGAACUCAGAAGAGAAUCUGGAUGAGUUUGUUUUGAGUAAAUAUGACAAAUCCGAAGAAUGUCUUCUAAAGCUCCUUCCAGUAGCCAAAGCAUCCAGAAUAGCUGUGCUGUGGAAGUGUAAUCUCACAGAGGAAAGCUGUAGAGCUCUGUCCUCAGUUCUCAGCUCAAACUCCUCCAGUCUGAGAGAACUGGACCUGAGUGAGAAUAACUUGCAGGAUUCAGGAGUGAAGCUGCUCUCUGCUGGACUGGAGAAUCCACACUGUACACUGGAGACACUGAGGCUGUAUCGCUGUAACUUGACAGAGGAAAGCUGUAGAGCUCUGUCCUCAGUUCUCAGCUCAAACUCCUCCAGUCUGAGAGAACUGGACCUGAGUGACAAUAAACUGCAGGAUUCAGGAGUGAAGCUGCUCUCUGCUGGACUGGAGAAUCCACACUGUACACUGGAGAUACUGAGGCUGUAUCAGUGUAAUCUCACAGGGGAAAGCUGUAGAGCUCUGUCCUCAGUUCUCAGCUCAAACUCCUCCAGUCUGAGAGAACUGGACCUGAGUGACAAUAACCUGCAGGAUUCAGGAGUGAAGCUGCUCUCUGCUGGACUGGAGAAUCCACACUGUACACUGGAGACACUGAGGCUAGAAUGGUGCUGUAUUACAGAUAAAGAUUGUGCUGUUCUGGCUUCAGCUCUGAGGUCAAACCCCUCAUCACACCUGAGAGAACUGAAUCUAAAAUACAAUAAACCAGGAGAAUCAGGCGUGAAGCUGCUCUCUGAUCUACUGAAUAAUCCACACUUUAAACUGGAGAAACUACAAUUCAAGACAUUAACGUGAUCUGUUCUGACUCUCAAACACAGAGGAUUAUUAGAACAAGAGGAAUUUUUACAGCAGGAAGCUACUCAAAGAACAGAUGUUAAAGCUGAAGCUCUGAUAUCUUUCUUGUCUCACUUAGUUAUAAUAAUGAAGUUAAGAUUUUGCUUUUAUUAUGUUUGUUCUGGUUAAUCAGAUGUACAACUUUAUGACUUCUCUGAUUAAUUGUAAAUCAACAAACCAGGUAAGAUAAAUACAGUAUAUUAUACUACAGCCAA